UUAUUUAUAAGGAAAUGAAGCAACAUGCAAAUUGUUUAUUGUGGCUGCCAAUACAAGUGAGAUCGUAUGUUGCUGGGAAAUCGGUUCUUUUACUUUCAACGUCCUAUUAGGAGGCCUCUGUACGCCACAAUGGCAAUUAGUGUGUGCUGCGGACUGCGGAUGAGUAUCCUAUUUGCACAGUGGCCUUGGUUUCAGCGUGCUGUAAAGUUUAUUUCUUUCUCUCUGUUUUCACUGGAAGCUUCUUAUGGAGUUGGUUUGUUGCAUUCAACACAAAAUUGACUUGUGAGAGCUUCUUGAGGAAAAUGGCCUAUGAUAUUCAAGUUCUUGUCCAGUCUCUCGUCUACUUUGUGAUAUUCCUUUGUGGAUUUGUUGUGGCAGUACCUUUGGGAGUUACUGUGGUUGAGUUUGACAACCACUGCAUACUGUACACGAAAUGGCAUUGGAAGAAUGCCACUUUUGCUGUUUAUGAGCUGAACAACCCUGCAGCCUGCAAUUUUCCAGUAUUUUCAGCAGUAUUUACUUGUAUACUCUAUAGUCUAGGAAUGGCUAUUUAUCACGCAUAUGCAGCCUUUAAAUCCAAAGACCCAAAUGUGGGGUUUCAAAUGUGGUCUAUGCCAUUUCUGCUUGUCAACACAUUGAUAGCAAUGUUGAUGUUUGUGAGCAGCUGUGUCAUCAGUGUUGGCCUCAAAGAAAUGUGUGACGGAUUGCUUGAAGGCCAAAAACUAGGCUCGAAAUUAAAAUCCUGCUCUGAUGGUGUCUAUAUGGACUGGAAUAAAGUAUCUAACACAGACUAUACAUACUCUCAUUUCUACUCCUUUCCAAAAGUGUCAGAGGCUGCUGGAUGGAUUACCUUUCUGUUAUGGGGGGUUCAAGUGGGUCUGUGCAUUGUGAGAGCUGUUCGCAACAGACGUCUGAGGUCUCAGGGCAUGGACCCCCAGCCAACUUCUGGUACAGCUGGAGCUUCCAAAACGCCUGAUGAUUUGGAUAAUUUUGCAGCUCAGCCACCCACUGCUUAAUGUGCACAGGCUUACUUAUAAUACUCAGAGAGGGUUUGAUUGCAAAGGAGAAUUUUUUAAAUAUUUUUAAUUCUUUACAGCUAAAUCUUUUCCUUUUGUUUUAAUUGUUGUACAUGUAUUACUUCAUCUUGGAAAGUAUUGAAUUUUCUGUUCUCAUGUCUUUCAAGAUGGGUUAUCUGCCAUUGACUUGGGAACUCAAGUGCCUUAAAAAGAGAUCAAAGAGAAUUUUUACUUUUAAAGUUUCUCUUUUGUUGAGUUGGAGCUGUAGCAGAAUUUCUGAUGAAAAUGGACUGACAUUAACAUACUGUAGAAUACAUUAUUGAUCUUUUAAUAAUGGUUAUUGCUUAGUUUCACUUGCUUCCACCAAUUUCUAUAGAGGCAAGAAGAUGAAACAAUCGAAGAGCAUACACAGGAGGAAUAACCGCCUAUGAAGAACAGAUUGCUUUCGAAUGUGAAAGAGCCAAUAUUAUGCUGCAAAAGGCCUGGAAGUCUUGAGAGUUGAGUAAAUGCACAAAACUGAGGCAAUUGAAAACAACAUGAAAUUUCGUCUUUCGUUUGCGGAGCAGAAACUUAGAAAUUAGCCUAAGUUGCAGAGAGAAAACUCUCAACUUUCAUCAAUGAAUACUUGAAACGAAUUUUGGGUCUGAGGUGAUUUGACUUGCUGUGGUUGCAUAGGGACUGUUAGAGAAAGUUGGGCUACUAUAAUCAGAAAGGCACUGAAAUGAAAUGUCAAAGGAAAGAGGUACUGCUGAAGACCAAGUAUAAAUCAACAGAGAAAGAUGAGACAGAUGAUAAGAAACAAGGUGAGAAUGGGACACAGCUGGAGAGAGAUGCGCUGGACAAAGAUCUUUAGAGAACAAAUUGUUUAUGGCCAAUACUCCUCAGGAUGAAAAAAAAAA